GGCUCCUUCGUUGAUGCAUCAGCAGCUGUGUUUUGAUUAUUUUUGUGUGAAGGCAGAGAAAAAGUUGGAACAUUUUAAUUAAUAUUGUUAAUAUUAAUAUCAAGUUCACAAUUCAUAUGUGCGGUUCGAAGACUAGUGAAAACUGUGUUCUCUGUUAAAUUCGUGUUGUAAAGUCACAUAAUUAUCUACAAUGGGUAGUUCAGAUUGGGAUGCCCUCCGGAAGCAGGCCCGUCACCUGGAGAACGAUAUCGACCUCAAGUUGAUCGCAUUCAACAAGGUCGGCACCGGAAGCAGUUCGCUCAAUUCCGGCGGGGCUGCGGACACUUCGCCUUUGCUGGGGGACCAUGUCUUCGAAUCGCUUUCGCUGGAAAUCGAACAAAUGCUGGACCAGCUGUCGAACAUCAACGAGCGGAUGGCGGAGAUUCCGGGGACCGGAGCCGCGGUCAUGCACGUCCUCCAGCGACAUCGGGAAAUUUUGCAUGGAUAUCGACAAGAGUAUCUGAAAAUUCAGGCAAAUCACACGACACGAAUGGAACGGGAAGAACUUCUGCGCGGGUCUGGACUGGGUGGAACAACGUCCCCCUCGACGUCCGGUUUGAGUCGAAGGGACAUGUAUUUGAAAGAGAACACCCAUCUGCACAACUCGAGCUCCAUGGUUAAUGACCAGAUAAGCAUCGCAAUGGAGACGAAGGAACACUUGACGUCCCAGCGGCAGCACAUGAAGCGUUUCCAGACUAGAAUGCACGAUAUUUCCCAUCGGUUUCCGUUGAUAUCUAGCCUCAUUCAGCGAAUUAACAUUCGUAAACGAAGAGAGUCGCUGAUUCUGGGCGGAGUGAUUGGAGUCUGCACGAUCCUAUUGUUGCUAUAUGCGUUCCAUUGAUCGGAGGAUUCGAAGACCAGCAGCGUACGUUGUUAUACAUCCAGAAUAUUGCGUUUUUAGCGAAGACCAAAUCCUUGAAGGCAUUCUUUCAGCUGGUUGGCAAGCUAAUCGGACAUUGUGGGAAACAGAUUAUUGAUGGUUAUUUUGUAGUUAGAAGUUUUUAAAAGUGACUGCCCGGAUGAGCGGAAUCGUCCCUGAGCAGUGAGUGCAGAGCAAGAAGAUUAUGUAUUUAUCCAAACCAAUAAUUAACUAAAAUAAAGUAAGUCGCAAUGGGCGGCGUUUGUGAUAGGA